UGACCUUUAAAACUCAUCACUAUGACAGAACGCAACAAAUACUGAUGAUCAUAAUAAAUGAGCGAACGAAUAAUGAAUAUAGAUUCCCACGUCUUUGGAUCAUAUCUAUAAAGACAAAAUAAGAACCAAUCUACGUAUUCGUUCUUCAAUCCCACACCUCUUGUGUCACUUUCUUCCUUUCUCUUCUCAAAAUUUGAAGCUAUUUUGCUUCUCUUGGCACAGAUUCCACUCUUUAUAAUCUCAGAAUAUUAUUUUAAGCUUCAUUUUAAUCAAACGUCAAAAGGUACGUUCGUACGUAGAUUCUCUCUUACAUUCUUGUCUCUUUUGCGAUUUUGUGACUACUGGCUAGCUCAGAGUUUUUGUUUAAUCGAAGAUCUUUCUUGGUCGUCAUGUUAUGUUUUGUAGAAGCAGGUGAGUAUCAAUGGAGAAGAGCUACAUGAAGCAUGAGCUAUGGGGAGAUGGAGAUUUUCAAGAAGAUGAUGUGUGGGAUGUUCUUGAUGGAUAUCAAUCACCGUUUAUGAUUAGUAGUAACCAUACGACUAAACCUUCUUUCUCAACCCAAACUUUACUUCCAAGCGAACCUAGAAUGAUUCCUGAGAGGCAGAGGACAGAAGGAAUGGCACCUAUGAGACAACAGUCGGUCCCUGUCAAUGUCCCUGAUUGGUCAAUGGUUCAAAGAAAGAAGACAAAGAAAGUUGUUGAUGAUGAGAAUGUGUCACCGGAGGAAUAUUUCCUGCGGCGCAGUCGAUCAUCAUCGUCGUCUUCAGUUAUGGAAGGAGUUGGAAGAAAACUGAAAGGAAGAGAUUUGAGCAAAGUAAGGAAUGCAAUAUUGAAGCAAACUGGAUUUCUUGAGUAGACCAAGAUUGUAUAAAUGUUAAGAUAUGUAUGAACCGAAUGCUUAGAUAUUUACCUUAGUUAUUAGAGGUGAUUUCAUUUCUUAAAAACUCUAGUUUGGUAAGAUGUAUAUAUAUAGGUGGGGCUUUUUUUAUUCGUUUGGUUUUUAAUAUAGGUGAUUUGAUUUGGCAUAGUAAAACAAUAAUACAGAUAUAGGUGAAUUUUUUUUUUCUUUUGGUUUUAAUAAAUAGUAGGUGAUUUGAUUUGGCAAAAA